AAGAUGCACUGGAACAGGAAAAGAAAGAGCUGCAGGUUCAGGUCGAACACCUUGAAUUUCAAACACGGCAACUGGAGCUAAAGGCCAAGAACUAUGCAGACCAAAUUUCCCGGUUGGAGGAGCGUGAAUCUGAAAUGAAGAAAGAAUAUAAUGCUCUUCACCAGCGCCACACAGAGAUGAUCCAAACCUAUGUGGAACACAUUGAAAGAUCCAAGAUGCAGCAGGUUGCCGGAAAUAGCCAAAAUGAGAGCGGUCUGCCUGGGAGAAGCAUGAAGAGGCGUCCUAAUUCUCUGAACAUCCCCCUCACAGAUGAUAUGGUACGUGGGCAGGUGGGGGCCAAGAUUGCCCCUGCAGUGGACCACUGGCACCUGAGUGACCUCAGUCAGCUGCAGUCCAACUCCGUCUACAAGUGCCCACCUGAUGAAAUGUCUGAAUCUGGACAGUCCUCUGCAGCUGCUACUCCGAGCACCACAGGAACGAAAUCUAACACCCCCACCUCAUCGGUGCCUUCUGCUGCUGUGACCCCCCUGAAUGAGAGCCUGCAGACAAUGAAUGACUACGUUACUACAAAAAACAACAAACGGGCGCGGGAGAAACGGAAUAGCCGAAAUAUGGAAGUACAGGUGGUCCAGGAGACAAGGAACGUGAGCAUAGGAAUGGGAAGCAGUGACGAGGGGUCGGAUUUUCAAGAUAUUGACUCUACUCCAGAGUUGGACAUGUGCCAGGAUCCUAGACUGGAACGCACAGGAAACAGCCCAACACAAGGGAUAGUGAAUAAAGCCUUUGGCAUCAAUACUGAUUCACUGUAUACUGAACUUACUGAAGUGGGCUCAGAGGCCAUUGGAGACGUGGAUGAAGGAGCAGAUCUACUAGGGGAAUUUUCAGGAAUGGGCAAAGAAGUGGGGAAUCUCUUGAUGGAGAAUACACAGCUGCUAGAGACCAAAAAUGCUUUGAAUAUUGUGAAGAAUGAUUUAAUUGCAAAAGUGGACCAGCUUACUGGAGAACAGGAGGUAUUGAAAGGAGAGCUGGAAGCAGCAAAGCAGGCAAAAACUAAGAUGGAAGCCCGUAUCAAGGAACUUGAGGAAGAACUUAAAAGAGUGAAAUCAGAGGUGAUAGUUGCCCGCCGAGAGCCCAAAGAAGAGGUGGAGGAUGACAACAUUCCUAUAGCUCAGAGACGGCGCUUCACCCGUGUGGAAAUGGCUCGAGUCCUGAUGGAGCGCAACCAGUACAAAGAACGGUUGAUGGAACUGCAGGAGGCUGUCAGGUGGACGGAGAUGAUCAGAGCCUCCCGGGAGCAUCCUUCUGUUCAGGAGAAGAAAAAAUCUACCAUUUGGCAAUUCUUCAGCCGAUUGUUCAGUUCCUCCUCCAGCCCUCCACCUGCAAAAAGGAGCUAUCCAUCAGUGAAUAUUCACUACAAAUCUCCCACAGCAGCCGGGUUAAGCCAGCGCCGCAGCCACACCAUGUGUCAGAUCUCUGCUGGGAGCCGAACCCUUGAGUUUUUCCCAGAUGACGAUUGCACAUCAUCUGCACGUCGUGAGCAGAAGCGAGAGCAAUACCGUCAAGUCCGGGAGCACGUCCGGAAUGAUGAUGGCCGCUUACAGGCGUGUGGGUGGAGCCUGCCAGCUAAAUACAAACAGUUGAGUCCCAACGGUGCCCAAGAAGACAAUCGGAUGAAAAAUGUCCCCGUGCCUGUCUACUGUCGCCCCCUAGUGGAGAAGGACCCUACCAUGAAGUUGUGGUGUGCAGCUGGGGUUAAUCUGACUGGCUGGAAGCCUGGGGUGGAACCAGAUGCUGGAAAUGGUCAAAAGGCUGAUCCAGGAUGUGAUCCGUUAACAUGCGAUCGGGAGAUUGAAGGAGAGAACACAAAGAGUAAUCACACCUCUCCAGAAAAGAAAAAGGCCAAAGAACUGCAUGAGAUGGAUGCCACAUCCAGUAGAGUGUGGAUCCUCACCAGCACCUUAUCAACAAGCAAAGUUGUUAUCAUCGAUGCCAAUCAACCAGGAACUGUAGUGGAUCAUUUCACAGUUUGCAAUGCCCACGUGCUUUGCAUCUCCAGCAUUCCAGCUGCCUGUGAUACUGACUAUCCUCCUGGAGAAAUCUUUCUGGAGGGGGACUCGAAUCCUGAAGAGUCUUCGGGAACAGAUGGAGUCUUAGCAGGCAUUACUUUAGUCGGCUGCGCGACGCGGUGCAAUGUUCCCAGUAGCAAUUGCUCCUCCCGUGGAGACACCCCCGUGCUGGAUAAAGGACAAAAUGAAGUGGCAGCAGCAAGCAGUGCCAGGAUAGAUCAGUCCCAGUCCACUGAGGAGGCCACAGAAGCUACAGAAGUGCCAGAGAACGGCGUGAGUGAAAUGGAGCCAGCCCAGGUCCGGACAGGCCCCCUUACAGAACAUGUAUUUACAGAUCCAACUCCGGCUCAAGCACCUGCAAGGCAGAACAGUGAGAAUGGACAUCCAAAAACAGAGUCAAGCACAGCAGGGCAGGACCAAGAGGCGAAUGGCAACGCAGUUGGUGCUACCACCAGUGCUGCCCCCACCAUGUGGCUUGGAGCACAGAAUGGCUGGUUGUAUGUGCACUCAGCAGUGUCAAACUGGAAAAAGUGCCUACAUUCCAUCAAGUUGAAGGAUUCAGUACUAAGCCUGGUGCAUGUGAAAGGGCGUGUUCUUGUGGCUCUGGCAGAUGGGACUCUUGCCAUAUUCCAUCGGGGAGAAGAUGGUCAGUGGGAUCUGAGCAACUAUCAUCUUAUGGAUCUUGGCCACACCCAUCAUUCCAUUCGCUGCAUGGCUGUGGUAUACGACAGAGUGUGGUGUGGCUAUAAGAACAAAAUUCACGUCAUCCAGCCAAAGACAAUGCAGAUCGAGAAGUCAUUUGAUGCCCAUCCUCGCCGGGAGAGCCAGAUCCGGCAGUUGGCUUGGAUUGGAGAUGGGGUCUGGGUUUCCAUCCGCCUGGACUCCACCCUACGGCUCUAUCACGCUCACACUCACCAACAUCUUCAGGAUGUGGAUAUUGAGCCCUAUGUCAGCAAAAUGUUAGGGACUGGAAAACUGGGUUUCUCCUUUGUGCGGAUCACAGCUUUACUCAUCGCUGGCAAUCGCCUGUGGGUUGGCACGGGCAAUGGAGUCGUCAUUUCUAUUCCUUUGACUGAGACUGUAGUCCUUCACCGAGGUCAACUUCUUGGGCUCAGGGCCAACAAGACAUCACCAACAUCUGGAGAGGGGAACCGCCCUGGUGGAGUCAUUCAUGUGUACGGUGGAGAUGACAGCAAUGACAAAUCUGCCAGCAGCUUCAUCCCAUAUUGUUCUAUGGCUCAGGCCCAGCUCUGCUUCCAUGGCCACCGCGAUGCAGUCAAAUUCUUUGUCUCCGUACCUGGGAAUGUUCUUGCCACUUUGAAUGGGAGUGUCCUGGACAGUCCUUCAGAGAACCCCAGCACAGAUACGGUCGAGGAGGAAGGGCAGAAGCUGAAAAACGUCUUAGUGCUGAGCGGCGGCGAAGGGUACAUUGACUUCCGGAUUGGAGAUGGAGAAGACGAUGAGACCGAAGAAAAUGCAGGUGAUGCUGCCCAGGUGAAGCCUAUCGUCUCUAAGGCUGAACGAAGCCACAUCAUUGUCUGGCAAGUGUCCUAUAUCCCUGAAUGAGCGUCUCUUCCUUUUCCUGCCAGUAUAAUUUUCUCCCUUCCACCGAAACCCACUCCCUGAAUGCCAAUAUGUACAUACAGAACUUUUGCAUAAUUCCUACCGCCGGCCAGUCCGACCCCAGAUAACUGCAACCGUUCCUGCGCCAUGCAGUGGUUCCCUUCCUCUCCAGGUUUGCAGUGAUUGUCUUGAGCUGGUGGACUUUCUAAACUGGCCAGGUUACCCGUUGGCUUUCCAGCAGGAGGGAAUCCUAGGAUGAGUCUAAUGCAUCAGGAAUCAAGACGCAAAGGAAGACCGCCCUUGGCUCAGAAGGACUGGACAAAGUUUCCAAGACAGCCCCCUCCCUCUCCCCCUUCCUACCUGCAUGGAGAAAAGUACCUGUGAGCUGCUUACUGGCUUCCUCCCUUUGCCACCAUGGAGACUGUGUUGACAGGCAUGGAUUGGUCUCCAAGCCAGUAUGAAUAAGAUGUUUCUGAGAGCAAGCAACAUCCCUGUCCUUUCUCCUUCACAAUUAUUCUGUGAGGUCCAGUCAUGACACAGCAUUUGGGAGGAAUCUGAACUUGGCUAAAGUAUCUAAAGUCUGUACCAGGAAGGUUUGCAGGUACGUUGGGGAUUAUGACAGCAGGUCAGCAGUGGGCCCUGUGUCCAGACUAUGGGCUCUGGGCACAUGAUGAGUUCCCAUCACUAAAUUCAUUUUAGUCUGGGCACUAGUGAGCCCACUGCAUCCAGGUGCACCCGUCUGAGCUCUUUGAAGGCACAGCAGGAUUCACUGCAAUGAAACUGAGAAGUGUUUACCAGGCAAGCAGGAAGCUAAUCUGAAGGUAGAAUCGUCUCUUGCUGCAUCUGCCUGAAUUAGCAAAUGGCUUUCUAAAGGAUGGGAAGGCACAUGCGUAUACUGAGCAUUUUGCAUACAGCAAGCAAGGAAAACAUGAACUUCUUUGCCCCUGGAGCAUCACAGUAUUCCAGAGUUGUACGGAUAUUUUGAAGGGCGAAACCGCCUUCGAUUUGUCUGGUGAUGCUCGGCUGGGGGUUGUGGAAUGGGUCACAAAAUGUAUUUUUCAGGCUAUCUGGGAAACAGAAAAGUCAAGGCAGAAGCCAGGUCUUGCUUACUGGCCAUUUAACAGAGAAUCGAAGUGCACAUGGAAGGCAGAUGGACCGGAGCCUACAGAAAUGGAAUCUGCAGAGAGAUAGGCAUUGGUCUGGGGAGAAUGAAGCAGGGAAGAGAGGAAACGAAGGACAGCUGGAGAAUCAGAAGGCCCUCAUUCUUUGUCUGUGGCUUGUAGGAGUAGCAAGAGAAAUCUGAGGCAGAUGGGGACAGUGUAAUUUGAGCCAGAUGUGCAAAAAGGCUGCUACUGGAGAUGAACUUUAUCCUCCAUAAAGAUAACAGCAUUUGGAGGUGCUUCAAAGGCUGAUGAACUUGAUCAUAUCCCCAUCUUAACAGCAGGGCCAACCCAGAUGUUAAGAAUGCUUAAUGCCCCCUUCUAGCCUUUUUCAACUGGGUGCCCUCCAGCUGGAUCUGUAAAGGCAGUUCCCCAUUGAGUUAAGGUCAGCUUCUAGGGUCUUCAUCAACAUAUUUGUGUUGUCUUCUUGUUUCCCUUCUUGCUACUGCCCAGUCUAGCCUACAGUCCUGGGAUUUUCUGGUGAUCUCCCAUGCAAGUCUGACCCUGCUUGGCCUUUGGAGAUCAGCCAUGGUUCGUGGGGUGCUACCACCUACCUGGACAUAUCAGGAUUGCAUCUCCCAAAGCUCUAAAUCCACCUGGCCAAAAAGGAAUUCAGAAAGUUGUAGUCCUAACCUGGAGGGCAGCAAAUUGAGGAAGGCUGAUGUAACACGACCACCCUCAAAGCAAACAAAAAAUGGCCCAGUGAUCAGAAUGAAAGUAGACAGAAGCUGCAAUCCUAUUCACUUCUCUGGAAAGUAUGCUGUUUUCAGGUUGAUGGGAUUUGCUUCUGGGUAAACCUAUAUAGCAUUGCAUUUUCCCAAGGGGAGAACAUAAACAUGGGCAUAGCUUCCUUACAUGCUUCAAAAGGCUGCAGUAGCACAGCACCUAGAGAACGUCACAGACUUUGGAGUGAUGAUGUGUGGCCCUGCAGGAAUAAUGGGAGUUAUAUUCGAUCUGCAGGUCCAUCAGCUUGGGAUGGGUACGCUACAGUAAUCUACUAGCAAAGGCACGAGAGCAUAUCCUGGUCUUAAAUAAAUUUGAAACCAAGUUUAUCUGUUCAUUGUUAAGUUUUAUGAAGCCUCCAGCCUCUCUCAUUUUCUGGCACUUACUAAUCAUAACCUUGCUUGUCUGCUGCAUCUGCUCCCAAACCUUUUGCAGUUUGAAGUUAUGUUGAAAAGAAGCACAGCUGUGUGAUGGCGUGGAGAGGAGGAGACAGUGAAGGAAACAGCACCCAAAGAACGUGCUCCUUUUAGGGGUUAUCAGCCAGCACGAUGAAAAGCUGAUUGACCUCACAGACAGACCCUUCCUGCUGCAAUUCCACUGUGAUGUAUGUAAAGUUAACUUGUACGUUAUAAAGGGAUUUUUUAAAAAAUGUGUCUUGAAGCUGUAAACUCUGCUGUUUCGUCUGAAGAUGUAAAGAGACGGCUGUAUGAAAACCAACCUCUCCUGUGCUUUCUCCCUUACGUGCUACCAAACAAACUGAAAUCAUAUCUGUUCUGUAUGUAAUAAAAAUGUA